CCUCUUUGGCUGGAGAAUGUUUUCCUCUCUGACAGGCUUCUUUACACAAUUUCUUCUAGUUAUUAGCGUGUGCACACUCGGGAUAUAAACUGAUCUCAAGGGAAGAAUGUUGCCAAAACAACAUGAGGUUCCUUCCCCAACUAAACAUAAAUCAUUCCUUGAUCCAAUGGCGUACCUUACGUCAAUGAUCAAGGGCCCGCUGUCCCCUCUCCUGGCUCCAAUGUGACACACUCCUCCCUCUCCACAGCUCACAGCAGGCCGGGAAGACCGGGGGUCUUCACUCUGCUCCCCUGGCUCCCCUAGGAUGGACGGCUGUGGCUGGAAAGAAAUGGAGGUUGCUCUGGUCAAUUUCGAUAACUCAGACGAAAUCCAAGAACAGCCAAGCUACCCCACAGACUACAGCCCCGCCAGCCCGAAAGGCCGGCCUGGGAGCAGCCCCUUCUCCAACUGGAGGCUCCUCAUCAGUGACAGCACCAGCCACGAGACGGCCUUCGCCAAGUUCCCAGGAGACUACGUCGAUCCCCCAGAGCCCGAGCCAGCAGUCAUGAAUGAAGGGAACCAGCGGGUGAUCAUCAACAUCGCUGGGCUGAGGUUCGAGACCCAGCUCCGAACCCUCAAUCAGUUCCCAGAGACCCUCCUGGGAGACCGGGAGAAAAGGAUGCAGUUCUUUGACUCCAUGAGAAAUGAGUAUUUCUUUGACAGGAACCGACCCAGUUUUGAUGGAAUCCUGUAUUAUUACCAAUCUGGUGGGAAAAUCCGGCGCCCAGCCAAUGUCCCUAUCGACAUUUUCGCUGAUGAGAUUGCCUUCUAUGAGCUGGGCAGCGAGGCCAUGGACGAGUUCCGGGAGGAUGAAGGUUUCAUCAAAGAACCUGAAACGCUGCUCCCCACCAAUGACUUCCACCGGCAGUUCUGGCUCCUCUUUGAGUACCCCGAGAGCUCCAGCGCUGCCCGUGGCGUGGCCAUGGUCUCCGUGCUGGUUGUGAUCAUCUCCAUCAGCAUCUUCUGCCUGGAGACACUACCCGAGUUCCGAGAGGACAGGGAGCUGAAGGUGGUGAGAGACCCCAGCCUUAACGUCAACAAGACGGUCCUCUCCCCCACCAUCUUCACUGACCCUUUCUUCAUGGUGGAGUCCACCUGCAUUGUGUGGUUCACCUUCGAACUGGUGCUCCGGUUCGUGGUCUGCCCCAGCAAGACUGGCUUCUUCAGGAACAUCAUGAACAUCAUCGAUAUCAUCUCCAUCAUCCCCUACUUUGCAACAGUCAUCACAGAGCUCGUCCAGGAGACGGAACCAACUGCCCAGCAGAACAUGUCCCUGGCCAUCCUGAGGGUCAUCCGGCUGGUGCGGGUCUUCCGAAUCUUCAAGCUCUCCCGCCACUCCAAGGGGCUGCAGAUCCUGGGACAGACGCUGAAGGCUUCCAUGCAGGAGCUGGGGCUGCUCAUCUUCUUCCUCUUUAUCGGGGUCAUCCUCUUCUCCAGCGCCGUCUACUUUGCCGAGGUAGACGAGCCAGAGUCCCAUUUCUCUAGCAUCCCUGAUGGCUUCUGGUGGGCAGUGGUCACCAUGACAACGGUGGGCUAUGGAGACAUGUGCCCGACCACCGCAGGGGGGAAAAUCGUGGGCAUUCUCUGUGCCAUCGCUGGGGUCCUCACCAUUGCGCUCCCUGUGCCCGUCAUCGUCUCCAACUUCAACUACUUCUACCACCGGGAGACUGAAAAAGAAGAGAAGCGACACAUUCCAAGAGAAAUCCACAAAAUCCUCAACAGUGUGGAUUCAAGAAUGGGCAGCACAGACUCUCUCAGUAAGACCAAUGGCGGCUGCUCUGCCGAGAAGCCGAAGAAGUGACCUGUCCAGGGCCCCUGGCGCCCG